GACGGAACACCGCCACCCCACCCUCCCUGAACCCGUGGGGCUCUCCACUCAGUCUGCACUGAAGCUGCCUAGUGACCAGGAGUUGGAGCAGGUCCGGGCUGACGUCGCCGCCCAGAUGGCCUCCAGGCUGACCCCGCUGACCCUCCUGCUGCUGCUGCUGCUGACUGGGGAUGGAGCAUCCUGGCUAAGUGGUACCCGCAACAACCCUGUGCAUCCAGAGAGCGUGCAAGGAGGGGAAAGUGAAGGAGGUAUCUCAGAGGGAGAUGUUCUCAAGGACGUACCCAGUAAAGGAGAUAGCUCAGAGGGAGAUGUUCUCAAGGACGUACCCAGUAAAGGAGAUAUCUCAGAGGGAGGUAUUCUGAACGAUGUACCCAUUCAACGCACCGAGGGCUCUUCCAUCUUGCCGGAAACCAACAGGACCAUCAUCCUAGCCGAUACUGCUCUCACCACCCAACCCUUCAACCAGACAACCACUCCACCCACCCAGCCCACUACUGAGCCCAUCUGCCCAGCACCUGACACCUCCUGCUCUGGCUCGGAAAGCCAUUCAGCAGAGGCCGUGCUGGGGGAGGCUUUGACCGAUUUCUCCGUGAAGCUCUACCACGCUUUCUCAGCAAUGAAGAAGCCUGAGACCAACAUGGUCUUCUCCCCGUUCAGCAUCGCCAGCCUCCUCACUCAAGUCCUGCUUGGGGCUGGAGGAGAAACCAAGAAAAACCUGGAAAGCCUCCUCGCUUACCCCAAAGACUUCACCUGUGUCCAUGAGGCCCUGAAAGCCUUCACAUCCGAAGGCUUCACUUCAGUCUCUCAAAUCUUCCACAGCCCAGACCUGACCAUCAGGGACACAUUUAUAAACGCCUCUGGGAACCUGUAUGGCAGCAGACCCACAGCCCUGGGAAAUGACAGUAGUGUCAACUUGGAGCUCAUCAACAACUGGGUGGCCAAGAAGACCAACCACAAGAUCAGCCACCUGCUAAACAGCCUGCCUGCCGACACCCGCCUUGUCCUCCUCAACGCCAUCUACCUGAGUGCAAAGUGGAAGAUAACAUUUGAUCCCGUCCAAAAAAACAAGGAGGCCUUUUACCUCAAAUCCUCUGUGAUAAAAGUGCACAUGUUGACUAGCAAGAAGUACCCUGUGGCCCAUUUCGUGGACAGAACGUUGAAGGCCAGGGUGGGCCGUCUGCAGCUGUCCCACAACCUGAGCUUGGUGAUCCUGGUGCCCCUUACGAUGAAACACUAUCUCCAAGAAAUAGAGAAUGCUCUCAGCACCCCUGUCUUCAAGGCCGUCAUGGAGAAGCUGGAGUCCCUCAAGUUCCACCCCACUCAUCUGAUGAUGCCUCGCAUCAAAGUAAAGAGCAACCAGGACAUGCUGUCAAUCAUGGAGAAGCUCGAAUUCUUUGACUUUUCCUACGACCUCAACCUGUGUGGGCUGACCGAGGACCCGGAUCUUCAGGUUUCUGGGAUGCAGCAUCAGUCCAUGCUGGAGCUGACAGAGACCGGGGUGGAGGCGGCUGCAGCCUCGGUUAUCUCUGUGGCCCGCAAUUUGUUGACCUUUGACGUGCAGCAGCCUUUCCUCUUUCUGCUCUGGGACCAGCAGCACAAGUUCCCUGUCUUCAUGGGGCGGGUAUAUGACCCCAGGACCUGAGACCUAUAGGGGGCAGACUAGGGCAAGCCCUACCCCUCAAGCCUCAGCAUUCCUAGUUGCAGCCCUGCUGCUGCCAGCCUGGAUUUGCCCCUAGCCACUUCCCGUCUCAGGUCUGCCCUCCCCGUGAAGGGCUCCUUAGGGUCUGGUGAGGGAGACCUGCUUCUAUCAUCCCUUCCCUGUGACUCUCCAAGGCACUUUUGCAGCUUUCUCUGGUCCAAAUACACCAGACUACAAAUAAAACCUAGCAGAUCAUAA